GCGUCCGCGUGGCUGGCGGCAUCCUCGGCUGCACCGCAGAAGAUGGAGUGAGUCUGGACCGGAGAAUGGGGAAGCAAACUUUGUAGCGGCGGCGCAGUGAGGAUUUAAGGUCUCCAGCACCGACCCUGUCAUGAUUUGCUGUGAACCCUGGCAGCCCUUCCGUUCUGCUCAAGAAAUCUCAGGUCCUCUUCCAGCUCCUCGGCCAGUGGCCUUGGCGGCACUCUACCCCUGUGGUCAGCCCGGAACCUCUCCUGCCCAUGCAGUACCCAGCAGCCACUGUUGAGGGCCUUAGUGGCCCUCUUUCCGGGGCCUACUCACUCCCCACCUUCAAGUUCCAGCCUCGCCGUGAGAGCAUAGACUGGAGACGCAUCAGCGCCGUGGACGUGGACCGCGUGGCUCGGGAGCUGGACGUGGCCACCCUGCAGGAGAACAUUGCUGGGGUCACCUUCUGUAACUUGGACGGAGAGGUGUGCCACCACUGUAGGCAGCCUGUGGACCCGGUGCUCCUCAAGGUGCUGCGCCUGGCACAGCUCAUCAUUGAGUACCUGCUGCACUGCCAGGACUGCCUGAGUGCCAGCGUGGCGCAGCUGGAAACACGGCUGCAGGCCAGCCUGGGCCAGCAGCAGCGUGGCCAGCAGGAGCUGGGUCGCCAGGCCGAUGAGCUCAAGGGCGUUCGGGAGGAGAGCCGGCGUCGGCGGAAGAUGAUCAGCACCCUGCAGCAGCUGCUCCUGCAGACGGGCGCCCACAGCUACCACACGUGCCAUUUGUGUGACAAGACGUUCAUGAAUGCCACCUUUCUCCGGGGCCACAUCCAGCGCAGGCACGCAGGCAUGGCGGAAGUCGGAAAGCAGAAGCAGGAGCAGCCACUGAAGGAGGCGCUGGAAGAGCUUCAGGCCAAGCUCAGGUGGACCCAAGGAGAGCUGGAAGCCCAGAGGGAGGCGGAGCGGCAGCGGCAGGUCCAGGAAUUAGAGAUGACUCGUCAGAGGGAAAUAGAAGCCAAAAAAAAGUUUGAUGAAUGGAAAGAAAAAGAACGGAGCAAGCUUUAUGGGGAAAUAGACAAACUGAAACAGUUAUUUUGGGAUGAGUUUAAAACCGUUGCCAACCAGAACUCUACAUUGGAAGAGAAGCUGAAGGCACUGCAGUCCUGCAGUAUGACGGAGUCCCACCUUGGGACUCUGCGGGAUGAGGAGUCAGAGGAGCGACUCAAGCACGCCCAGGAGCUCCAGGCCCUGCGAGAGAAGAUGGAAGUUCAGAAAACAGAGUGGAAGAGGAAAAUGAAGGCGCUGCACGAAGAGCGGGCAGCUGAGAGGAGAGAGCUUCAGGAGGAGAAUGAGCGGCUCCAUGCCACCCUGUCGCAGGAUCAGAAGAAGGCAGCUGCACAGUCUCGGCGUCUCAUCGACGCCCUCCGUGCCCAGCUUCAAGAACAAGCCAGGCUUAUCGAGUCCCAGGAGGAGACGAUCCAGACCUUGUCCCUCAGGAAGGUGGAGGAAGUUCAAGAGGUGCCAAAGGCUGUGGACACAGAGGAGGACUCUUCUGAGGAAGAGCUGGAGGGCUCCCGUGAUGAGCAGCGGAAGGUGCUAGCAGCUCUGAGGAACAACCCUACUUGGCUGAAGCAGUUCCGGCCCAUCCUGGAGGACACCCUGGAAGAGAAGCUGGAAGGCAUGGGGAUAAGGAGGGACACGAAAGGAAUUUCAGCUCAGACUCUCCGACACCUGGAGUCCCUGCUGCAAACCCAACGGGAGCAGACAGCCCGAAGCUUCCGGGAAUUUCUGAGGCUGAGGGAGAAACUCAAUACGGAAGUGAGCAGCCGGGUGAAGAAGAGAUGGGAGAGUACAGCUGUGGUGUCCCAGCCAGAUGGCCAGCCUCCAGUCAAAAGCCUGAGGAUCACACUGGCUGCAAGGGAAGCCCGGCCAAAGACCAGGAGCCUGAAUGUGGCACUGCCGUCCAAGCCAGCAGAACCUUCUGCGCCAGCCCUUCAGAGCCAGAGCAGCCCUGGCCCUGGCCUCACCCAGGUGUCCACCCCCAUUCCACGUCCCAGAGCACAUGGACCUUCCAGUACGCCCAUUUCCCCUGGGCCCGGGCUGAGCAGCACCCCCCCUUUCAGUUCUGAGGAGGAGCCAGAGGGAGACAUUGUGCAACGCGUGUCUCUUCAGCCCCCGAAAGUUCCUUCCAGGUCGACACCCAAGCCGGAGGACAACUGGGGCUGGUCUGAUUCUGAGACCUCAGAGGAGAGUGCCCAGCCCUCUGGCAAGGACUCAGGUGGGCUGGCUUCCUCAGGAACACUGGUGCAGUCAAUGGUCAAAAACCUCGAGAAGCAGCUUGAAACUCCAGUGAAGAAGCCCUCUGGAGGGGUCAGUGUGUUUUUAAGGCCCAACGCUGCCCUUCAGCCGGCUUCCACACCAGCAAGGAAGUCUCAGCUUUCUGAGGAUGAGAGUGACUUAGAGAUCUCGUCUUUGGAAGAUCUUUCUCAGGACCUGGACAAGAGAGGAAAGCCAAAGCCUUUGCCCUUCUCAAAGCUCCCAGAAAAGGUUGAUGCUACUCCUUGGAGUUCUGGAUCACGACCCAGGAUUCCUGGCUGGUGAUUCUGCCUAUGUUUGCCAGAGGGCUUAGCCUAGUUGCCUGGCUGGGUUCAUCCCAAUGGAAGAGUCUGUUAGGCCUCUUGCUCUCACCAACAGCCAAGAAGUUUUUCUCUUAAAGAGAAGCAUAACAGGAGAUGGGCAGGACCUCUACUCAUUCCCUGUAAGGACUGCAAUGUCAGAGGAAUAGGGUCCUGUGGCUACCCAAAAGAAAAGGCUGGGUCCUGGUGCGAUUCCUUGUGUAAAUGUGAGAAGAGUUGUAACAGUACCUCCAAGUGUUUCUUCCAUGAUCCCUAUGUCUAGCCCAGACUGAAAGGAGUUGCUGUUUCUGAGUCUUUUGUAAUCUGCAGGUCACCAUGGAGAUGGGUCCUGAGUCAGUUCUCAGUUAUCCUCCUCUGUGGUGGAGUGUCUAGCUUCUCACUACUGAGGUGGGGUGCAGACAGAGGGAGGAGGUAUAGAGGGCCAGGCAUAGUAAUGGAGUGUUUGUGUCGUAAUAGAGUGUCAUGGGAGCAUGGGAGAGGCUGCCUGUCGUAGUUCAUUUCUGUUGCUGUGAACAGUCAGGACAAUCCCUCAUAGACAUCACCCUCAAAGCACUUCUUCUACUGAGGCUCUCCUCUUGGACAGUUCUCAGUUGUGACAAAUUGAUAUUGAAAACCAACCAGGACACCAUUCAACCCAGCCCAGGAUGACCUUGGAGAAGUUCUCAGAAUUGUGAUCCCUGGUGGAGCUUGUUCAUGGUCAAGAAGAAAGAGGAAUUUGGAUGAAGCCUCUUAUCCUCAUAGGAUCAAGAAUUUAAUUUUUGAAACCAUUUCUGACACCGAGUUUUUUAUACGUUGACUGUAAUUUUGCAGGGAGAGGGGUUGGAAAUUUUUUUUUUUUUUUUUUUUUGAGACAGGGUUUCACUGUGUAGCCGUGGCUAUCUUUGAACUCUGUCUAUAGACCAGGAUGGCUCCAAACUCAAGAGAUCUUCCUGCCUCUACCUCCCAAGUUCAGGGAUUAAAGGUGCACAUGGUGGCGUACGGCUUAGAUUGUAUUUUUUUUUUUAAGUGCGAAAACAUUUAUUUAUUAUAGUAAACGUUUAA